AUGGAGUUAUCGGCUGGUCAAUUUUUCGCUAAUAUUUGGUCAACUAUGACUCCAGUAGUUGACAAUGUUGGAGUUCAGCUCAGCCUGCCAGAUAGCGAGGCGGGCAGUACACGGCCUGGGAGGUCUACAACUUCAUAUUUUUGUAUGGCACAUCUCUCGGACGAGGCCCUCCAGACUCGCAUCCGAACCCACGGUGGGCCCUCGCUGGACCAACCCUGUGAGGGUGCUUGGGGCCCAUGUGGCUCCUGCAGCCUCUGCGAUGCUCAGCUGCACGCCAAAGCUGCGGCGGACGUCGCCGCACUGAGGGCUCUCUUCGAACCCGACUCGCCGCCUACAGCAGAAACAGUUGCAGCCACGAGUCCAGGCGGAAGUGUUGCUGAGCACGGACCCUGUCAGGAUUGCAAGGAGAACGAACCGAAUGAAGAAAAACAGCAGAAGAGGGAGCCUUACGGCACUGGGGCCCCCAAGACCGCAGGUGCAGCAGACGACGCUUCGAAAGAGAAAGGGCAGUGUUCCGUAGGAUGCACCGUCCCUGUGGCUGCUGACUCUUCUGCUGCAGAGCCUCUGGUGUUUGCAUAUGAUCCGAAUACUGGGGGAGCUGUGCCGUACUCUCUUUCUGGAAUCUCUACUCUCUCUCUACCCCCUGCCGCAGUGCGGCCAGGGAUCUCUGUGGGGCUUCCAGUUGGGCCCCCCCCCCACUGCCGGGCAGGCCGUAUCUUCGUCGAUGGGGUCUUUGAUCUCUUGCACUCUGGGCACUUCAAUGCUCUGCGCCAGGCACGGCUGCUGGGGAAGCGGCUGAUUGUUGGCGUUAAUAGCGACAGGGGGACAUACGCUGCCAAGGGCUGCUGGCCCCUCUACACCGAGGAGGAACGCGCCGAGAUCGUGGCAAGCUGCAAGUGGGUGGAUGAAGUAGUCAUUGGCACGCCGUACGAAGUCUCGACAGACCUCUUGGAUGCCCUAAACUGCGAGGCAGCGGCUCACGGAGAUGACUGGGCUGCCGGAGCUGAUGGACGGGACGCUUACGCACAGCCCAGAGCGGCUGGAAGAAUGCUGGUGUUCAAGAGGACUGAGGGGAUCAGCUCGACUUCCAUCACCCGCAGGCUUCUGGAGGCCACCGCGCACAUGUGCGAGGAACGAGUAGCUGUAGACAGGCCUCAACUUGUGGGGCACUUCGCGAGGAAAGCCCUGGAGAAUUCAGAAGUAGAAGAAGCCAUGAGCGAGGGGGGGAAUAACGGACUUCCUGGAGCUCGCGUGGGGCCCUCCAGUACGCCUUACGGGCAGGAGAGGAGCGAGAAAGAGGCUUUUAGAGACUCCUUAAAUAGGGAAGAACGCAAGGCCUCCCAAGGCGCUGGGCGCCGAGGGGACUUGAGCGUCUUCAUGUCUUCAAAGAGGCUUCUUCAGUUCAUUGGCGAAGCGAAAAAGCCGAAACCAGGAGACAGAGUGGUUUACGUUGACGGAUCCUUCGAUGUGCUGCACGUGGGGCAUGUUCGGAUCCUCAAGAUCGCGAAGGAGAUGGGGGACUACCUUAUCGUUGGCAUCCAUGAUGAUGCUACAGUGUCUGCUGUGAAGGGCCUAGGAUUCCCAGUCAUGAAUGUCAACGAACGCGCGUUGAAUGUACUCGCAAUGCGCAUGGUUGACGAGGUAAUAAUUGGGGCUCCAUGGACGAUUCCUAAGUACCUGUUGGAGAUGCUUGGCAUUCACAUUGUAGUACGAGGCACGCGGAUAGACUGCACUGCAGAUUCCCUAGGCGGCAUCCUUGGGAGUGACAAAGAAAGGCUCUCGAGCGCCCGUAUAGGUGCAGAGGGCCACGAUGAAGAUCCGUACCGUGUUCCUAAGGAGCUGGGUAUCUACAGAGAAGUUGAGAGUUUCUCCUCGUGGACUACCAGGGAGCUCGUCUCCAGGCUUCUUCGGAACCGGAAGGCCCUAAGCGAUUCCUUGCGCCACAGGUAUUCAUGCUAG